CCGUGUCUUGGCAGUAACAUAUAUCUCGUUUCGCACGUUUACCAUCCAAUAAUAAACCUCUCUCUUUCUAUCCCUUUCGUCUCCAAAUCCAAACCAUCUCCUUUCUCUUUCUCAAAUCUCCAACCCAUCAUUUUGGAAGCAAAGAGUGCUUGAGGCUGCACAUAAUCCGCAGGAAACAGAGACGCCUAUGUCGACGACGAGGCUCAUAAUCUUGUCCCACAGUUUGACUGGCGUGGAUGCCAGUCGGAGAAGCCGUUUGGCAACGGCCAGACAGAUGGAUCGUUGCCAGUUUGCAGAUAGCAGGAGCUUGACGUCUCUCAGUGCUCGACAGAGUGCUCGAAGAAUGGAUGUGGCUGUUCAGAGCAGUGUCGAUCCGGUGCCACAUCUUCCAUCCGAUGGAUCUCCAAGUUCUUGCUCUUUACAUGGCAGGAAAUUAUGGGUUCUGGGGGCGCUUAUAUCGGUGAUUUUACCAUUUUGGAGUAACAAAUGGGGUCCCUUGUGGAAGCUGAAAAAUAAGGCUGAAGCGGUGGUCGAGACGAUGGACCACGUAACGGAAAUCGUGGAGGAGGUGGCAGAGAAGGUGGAGCAUGUGGCGGAGGAGGUCGCCAAGCACCUCCCGGACGGCAGGCUGAAAGAUGCGGUGACCUCGGUGGAGCAUGUGGCGGAGAUGGUGGACAAGGAUGCUCAUCUCGCCGGAGAUAUCAUCGACAAGGUGGAGGAAGUGGAGGAGGAAGUGGACUCGUUCAUGGAGCCAAGCAAGGUUAAAGACCGAGAUGGCGAAAUCUCCAAAGGAGGGGAUGAUCAAGAUCAGAAGACCUAGCAGUUUUUAUAUAUAUAAGGAGGUUCUUUAGCAUUUCGUGUUUAAAUGUAAAAUUUGAUUUGUACCCAGUAAAUAACAUAUUUUUUAUAAUAAUGAGGAAGCUCGAUUUAGAUAGGCAAAUUAUAUGUCCUGUCUCAAAUAAUAAAACAUGUAUUGAUUCCAUAAAA